GAGAUUUCAUUAAAUUUUACUAAGUAUUUUAGUUUUUAACCAUGACGGUGUUUAAUCUGGAGCAUUUUCCCAACGUGUGCCGCCUUUGUUUGAAGCCGGAAUCCAGUGAAAUGUUUGACAUCACCAGUGAGUUCGAAAGAAUUCGAACGACCAUCGAAACGUUCUUGGUUGAAAUCUCGUUUCGACCGUCUGAGGACAAGGCUGAAUACCUGCCCAAGCUGGUGUGUGGAGUUUGCUUCAAACAAUUGACCGAUUUUGCACUAUACCGGAACCGUGUGGUUCUGACGCUGCGCUUUAUGGAAGCGCUGGUGGACAUGAAACAUUCCAAUUCUGAACCGCUUACGGUGCUCUUCCAAGAGCGUAAAAACGAGCUGGAUAUACUCUUUCGGGAACUCUCCUUGUGCAGCAAACCAGAGCCCCAAAUCGAAGACAUCCUACAGGACUUGGAAACUUACAAUAUUCCGCAGUGCGAAAUCGAAAUCAAUGUCAAGAAGGAAAAGUUAGAAGCUGAUAAGUCGGAUGAUGAGGACGCAAGUUAUGAAUGUCCCAACGAUAAAGAACCUAAUGCAAAAUCGGAAAUAUAUCUAUGCGAGGAAUAUCCAGAACAACAUUUCGCUAAUGAAUCGUCCAGUGAAGACGAUAAACCACUCUCAAAGAGGAAAAAAGCCAAAACUAAAGCGGUCUCCUCUUCGGCGGAAUACACCGGUCCCAAACGUGGUCGUGGUCGUCCGCGAACUCACCCGGAUGGAACAUUCUUGAAGGAACGAUGGUCCUGUGACAAGUGCAAAUUCACCACCAAAUACCGAUUGGCCGUCGAUCGACAUAAGGCCGUCCACGAGAAACGCGAGAAUCGGAUCUAUUCAUGUUCUAGUUGCGAUCAGGUGUUCAAAACGUACGACGCCAUGCGUAUUCACAACUUGACCCACCCCGAGAACCAGGUCGUUUGCGAGGUUUGUGGCGUAUCGCUCAAAAACGUUUACUCUCUGCAAGCGCACAUGGAACGACACGAUGACGAGCGGAAGUACUCGUGCGAGUACUGCGAUUAUACCACCCAAACGAGGCUGUCGCUGAAGGCGCACAUGAACAUUCACACCAAUCGCAUUUUGAAGAUGCGAUGCGAAGUGUGUGGGAUUGCGUUUAGAACCGCAAGUCGCCUCAAGCGUCACAUGGAGGGCCAUAGCAACGAACGGAAGUACCCAUGUGAGCGAUGCCCUGCGCGAUUCAACACUACCAAUGCCCUCCGGAACCACCGCACGCGAGUGCAUCUGGCUAUUCGGCAUCCUUGUGAUUACUGUGAGAAAACAUUCGAUCAGAAAAUUGCCAUGCGAGAUCAUGUCGAGCGAAUCCAUAAUAUUCAGUGCAACUUCAUAUGCGACGUCUGCGUAGCCGUAUUCGACAGCCAAGAACGACUGGAUUUCCACAAGCAGCGGCACGAUAAUCCCAAACCAAUGGAGUGCAGACUUUGUCUUACGCUGUACUCCUCGCAGGAAGAUUUGGAUAACCACCUUUGUAUCACCUAUCGGGACGACUACCUGUGUUGCAACAAGGAUUUGCGCAACCACGCACAAUACAAUCGGCACAUGUUGGUCAAGCACGGUUUGAAAACGAACGCCCGGGUGAAACCUGUCCCAGGAAUGCUGCUGGGUCAGUUGAGGGGAGCUCGGAAGCGGCUGGAGCAGUGUCGCAAGUGUGACAUAGCUUUCCCAUCCAGAGCUUUGAAGCUGCAGCAUAUGAUGGAGUGCAACCAGUCGGCCGCAACGUAAGCGAAUUUUUCCUUGUGCAGAAAAAGGUAGGAAUGUAAUCUGGUUACCACAACCAGUAAAAUGAUUUAUGAU